UAGAAAACUCUGACGAAAAAAUCUGCCGAAAACUAUUGUAGAGAAAAUCUGUCGCUUGAUUUGGACAUUUUACGCUCACCGCGCCACCUACCUUUCUUUCUUUUGCUGCUGUUUCAGAAAUCAAUAAUGGCAGACGCACCAUCCCGUGGUGGAUUUGGGUCACGCGGAAGUGGCCGUGGUGGACGUGGUCGUGGCCGAGGACGUGGACGUGGCCGGGGACGUGGAAAGGAGGAUCAGAAGGAAUGGAUUCCCGUAACGAAGUUGGGACGCCUUGUGCGUGAUGGAAAGAUCCGCACACUGGAGGAAAUCUACCUGUAUUCCCUCCCAAUUAAGGAGUUUGAGAUCAUUGACUUCUUCCUGGGGCCCUCGCUCAGGGAUGAAGUGCUCAAAAUUAUGCCCGUGCAGAAGCAGACGCGUGCCGGACAGCGGACACGUUUUAAGGCUUUCGUGGCCAUUGGUGAUCACAACGGGCACAUUGGGCUGGGUGUGAAGUGCAGCAAGGAAGUCGCCACCGCCAUUCGUGGGGCCAUCAUCCUCGCCAAGCUCUCCGUUGUGCCCGUCCGACGGGGCUAUUGGGGCAACAAAAUCGGAAAGCCACACACUGUUCCCUGCAAGGUCACCGGAAAGUGUGGGUCUGUAUCAGUGCGCCUGAUCCCAGCUCCACGUGGUACAGGUAUCGUAUCUGCCCCCGUACCCAAGAAGCUCCUCAUGAUGGCUGGCAUUGAGGAUUGCUACACAUCUGCUCGUGGUUCAACCGGGACUCUCGGGAACUUUGCAAAGGCAACGUACGCCGCUAUCGCCAAGACGUACGCCUACUUGACGCCCGAUCUGUGGAAGGAGAUGCAGCUGGGCAAGACACCGUACCAGGAGUACGCAAACUUCCUCGCCGAAACCAACAAAGGUAUCUCCGGACGGCAGAUUGAGGUCUAAAAAAACAUUCUCAAUGGUCAAAGCGAAGAAAUAAAAAGUUAAAAUGAA